AUGGAGGCGCCGGCCGCGGGCCGCGUUCCCGCCGAGGGCGCCCCGCCGGCGGCCGUGGCCGAGGUGCGCUGCCCGGGCCCCGCACCGCUGCGCUUGCUCGAGUGGAGGGUGGCGGCCGGCGCGGCCGUGCGGAUCGGCUCCGUGCUGGCUGUGUGCGAGGCCGCCGCCUCCGCGCAGCCCUCCGGGCCCGCCCCGUCCCGCGCCGCCUCUGGCAGCUGCGUGCGCUCCGCGCGGGCCGAGCGCAGGCUCCGGUCGGAGCGCGCCGGCGUGGUGCGGGAGCUGUGUGCGCAGCCGGGCCAGGUGGUGGCCCCCGGCACAGUUCUGGUGCGGUUGGAAGGAUGCAGCCACCCGGUUGUCAUGAAGGGCCUGUGUGCCGAGUGUGGGCAGGACCUGACGCAGUUGCAGAGUAAGAACGGGAAGCAGCACGUCCCCGUGUCCACAGCGACCGUGUCGAUGGUGCACAGCGUGCCGGAGCUGAUGGUGAGCUCCGAGCAAGCUGAACAACUAGGAAGGGAAGACCAGCAACGACUGCAUCGAAACAGAAAACUAGUGCUCAUGGUUGAUUUGGACCAGACCUUAAUUCACACGACAGAGCAGCACUGUCAGCAGAUGUCAAAUAAAGGCAUCUUCCACUUCCAGCUGGGCCGGGGCGAGCCGAUGCUGCACACCCGCCUGCGCCCGCACUGCAGGGACUUCCUGGAGAAGGUGGCCAAGCUGUACGAGCUGCACGUCUUCACCUUUGGCAGCCGGCUGUACGCGCACACCAUUGCAGGCUUUUUAGACCCCGAGAAGAAGCUCUUUUCUCAUCGAAUAUUAUCAAGGGACGAAUGUAUUGACCCAUUUUCUAAAACGGGAAACCUUAGAAACCUCUUUCCUUGUGGAGACUCAAUGGUUUGCAUUAUUGACGACCGAGAAGAUGUGUGGAAGUUCGCACCCAACCUGAUAACCGUGAAGAAGUACGUGUACUUCCAGGGCACAGGCGACCUGAACGCGCCUCCUGGCUCCCGGGAAUCCCAGACGAGGAGAAAGGUAAACCAUUCUAAAGGUGCCGUCUCAGAGCAGGCGCCACCUGCCAGGGACCCCGAGGAAGGAAAGCAGGCGCCUGGGCCCGAGCAGAGCGACGGCCCGGGGCAGCCCGCGAGGCAGCUGAACGGCGGUGAAGCUCUUCCCCAAGGGGACGUGCCCCGGCCCAGGCAGGCAGCUGAGAGGGAUGCCCAGACCCAGGCCCCCUCCACCGGCAGCCCCAGCAGCCACGCGCUGGCAGAGGCCCCAGAGCUGCAAAAGCCUCGUGAGCAGGGCGGCCGGGCCUCCCCAGGAACGCAGCCUGCCCGGGGCACCCCAGGCGCGGACUUGGAUUUUGACUUGUCCAGCGACAGCGAGAGUAGCAGUGAGUCGGAGGGUCCUAAGUCGUCGUCCUCCACCAACUCCGAUGGGGAGAGCGAGGAGAAGAGCAGCCAGAAAAAGCCUAAGGCCGCCCCCGAGGGCAAGAGGGUGCUGCCUCGGGGAGACCCCCCUGACACAGGUAGCGGGAGGCCUGCGGGGGCCAGUCCCCCCGGGGAGUCCGGGCCCAGCGCCCACCCUCAGGACAAAGGGCCCGAGCCAGGUGUGCUGGAGGAGAGCGAGCGCGAGGGCCUCUGCGGCCUGGGCAACGGCUGUGCGGACAGGAAGGAGGCAGAGACCGAGUCGCAGAACAGCGAGCAGUCCGGUGUCACCGCCGGCGAGUCCCUGGACCAGAGCGUGGAGGAGGAGGAGGAGGAGGAGGACACAGACGAUGACGACCACCUCAUCUACCUGGAGGAGAUCCUGGUCCGUGUGCACACCGACUAUUACGCCAAGUACGACAGGUUCCUCAACAAGGAGAUCGAGGAAGCUCCAGAUAUACGGAAGAUCGUGCCUGAACUCAAGAGCAAAGUGUUGGCAGACGUCGCCAUCAUAUUUAGCGGGCUGCACCCCACAAACUUCCCGAUAGAGAAGACCCGGGAGCACUACCACGCCACGGCCCUGGGCGCGAAGAUAGUCACUCAACUGGUGCUGAGCCCCGACGCCCCCGACAGAGCCACCCACCUCAUCGCCGCUCGGCCGGGUACGGAGAAGGUGCUGCAGGCGCAGGGCUGCGGGCACCUGCACGUGGUCAGCCCCGACUGGCUGUGGAGCUGCCUGGAGCGCUGGGACAAGGUGGAGGAGCAGCUCUUCCCGCUCAGGGAGGACGACGCCCGCGCACAGAGGGACAGCAGCCCCGCGGCCUUUCCUGACGGCGAGGGCCUGCUCCCGGCCACUCUGUUCCACCCAACGCCCGUGCACCCCAAGGCCCCGCCAGGCCCAGAGGUUCGGGUCUACGACUCCAGCACCGGGAAGCUCGUGAGGACAGGGGCCCAGGGCCCCCGGCCCCCGCCCCCUGGCACGCUGCCUGUCCACGGGGAGCCAUCCUCUUUCAGAGCUGUUCAGCCACAUCAGCAGCAGAUGUUUGGUGAGGAGCUGCCCGAGGCUCGAGAUGGAGAGCAGCCUGGCCCUUCUAGGAGGAGGCGACAGCCCAGUAUGUCAGAGACAAUGCCGCUGUACACUCUGUGUAAGGAGGAUUUAGAGAGUAUGGACAAAGAGGUCGACGACAUCCUAGGAGAAGGCAGUGACGACAGUGACAGUGAGAAGAAGAAGCCGGAAGAGCAGGAGGAGCUGGAGGGGCGGCCUCAGCCCGGAAUGCCCGAGGCCUGCAAGGUGCUGGCGGGGGCUGCUUCCUCGCCCAGCGAGAGGAGCCAGAGGAGCGUGGCCCGGGGGCCCAGUGAUGUUUGGGUGUGCCAUCUUCACACAAAACAGUGGGAGGAGAAACCUUCAGGCAGAAGGCAAAGGGGCCACAAGCGGAAGCUGAACGAGGAGGACGCGGCCAGCGAGUCCAGCAGGGACUCCAGCAACGAGGACGAGGGCAGCAGCUCGGAGGCGGACGAGAUGGCCGCCGCGCUCGAGGCCGAGCUGAACGACUUCAUGUGACCACGGGCCUCCAGCGUAGGUGGGAGCCACAACACCAGCCACGUCACCGGCCACACCACGCCUCACAGAUCUCAGGCUUCCCUGGGCCGCCUUCAGUGUGGGUUCCUUUUCUCCAGAAAGACGUGUAUAUUUUGUAGAGCUCCACAUACAGAAGCACGUUAUUUUGCAGAGAAAUGAGUGUUUUUAAGAAGUUUUACUGCAGGAAAGUCUACUUUUGUAAGCAACGGUGUGGAAGGGAGUCGGGCGCUAUGCCAAAGAGCCCGCGGGUUCCACGUGGGGCCUGGAGCAGCUGUGCCGUGUGGGGGCCGGGGCAGGGUGUCCCUCACGUCCCAGCACACGCCAUGUCGGCCGAAGACGGGACGAGGCGUGGAGAGUGACGUGCAGAGAGCUGGGAUCUCGUCCUGCCGUUCACAGCUGGAGCCAUCAGAAUCCGAGAAGAUUUUUACACGAAACGGAACAUGUGUGCACAGAGCACUGAGGCCGGCACGCACGGGCCUGGCAAGCCCCGUGGUCUGGGGUGACCGGGGCUCCUGUGCGGCCCACACCGCGGUCUCGCUGCUGCGGGCGUCCCAUGCCAGGUGCCCCUUCUCCUGGGCAGCCUGUCACUGCUUUGAGAAAUCCACUGUAAAGUUUCGGUAUGUCUGUUUCAUACCUGACCCACCAGACAGUUUCUUCCACUGAAUAAAAGUCGUUUUUGUAA